AUGUAUAAGUUACACUCAAAAAAUUUAAACGAACAAAAUAUAGAUUCUAUAAUAGAAAAUGAAAAAAUUAUAUGUGAAAAUUUAACAAAAGAAAAUGAAAUUCUUAAAGAGAAGAAUUUAAAAAUACAAAAAGAAUUAUUAAGUUAUAUUGAAGACAAUACUUUUAUAUAUGAAAGUGAUUCUAUUGAAGAUAUGAAUAAAUAUAAGAGCAUAUUAAUAUCUGUUAUAGAUUUUUUGGAUAAAUUAAAAAUAGUAGAUGCUCAUAUGAAAGAUGAAACUUAUCAAUUACUUGAGGAAUUAUUUACUUGUAUUAAGGAAGCUAUAUUAAAGCAAAAUGAUUUAUGCUAUUUAAUGAAAGAAGACAUGAACUCUUUCAGAAUAUCUGGAAAGGAAGAACUGUUCAGGAAAAAUUUACUUUCACUCAGAAAAUUAUACGAACAUAACAGUAUUCUUAGAGCACAAAUAACUCUAUUUAAUAAAUUUAAAUUAAAAAAUGAAAACCUUAUUCAUGCAGAUUUUGAACAGUUAGAACUAAAAUAUAAAAAUUUAAAAACUAAAGAAAUCAACUUAGAAAAGAAAAUCGAAAAUUUAAAUAGAAAAAUUAUAAAAUCGACACAAAAAAAAUUACACUAUGACGAAAAGAGUCUUUAUCUAGAAAAGCUUUUAAACGAUAAGAUGGAAUUAUUAAAAGAAUCUAAUAACAAAAUAAAAAGUAAAAAGAUUUUAUUAAAUGAUUUAAAAAAGAAAAAAGACGAAUCUAUUAAAAGAAAUAAUGAAAUAGAAAUAAAUACGAUAACAAAGAAUGUGUAUGAAGAAUUUGAUGAAAAAAAACAAUAUGUAAAAAAAUUGAAAAUAAUGUUGGAAGACGUGAAAAAGAAAUAUGAAAGUUUAAGUAGAGAAGAUAUUAAAGAAUAA